AGAUCUCGCCAACCCUCGCAGUUUGAUUAUGGCCUUUGCAGCUUCUUGUUCUGUUAUUCUCAGGGCAACUUGUAAAAGGAAAUGUUUGAUAUGCCCUAUCCAGAAUAGUAAAAUUGCUGACACAGUCUCUCGUAGCUCGAGUACAAGGUACAGAAUUAGAAAUCUAUACGUUACGAGUUGUGGAAGAGAAACCAAACAAACAGAGAUAGCAGAUUCUAUCAGAAGAAUGGCGCAAUCAGACAACUCUGAUGACAGAGCAAAGGCUGUGACUCAUUGUCGAAAAUUGCCGAGUCAGGAACGCUUGGAAAUACUUCUGAGUUUAGCAAAGGAUGAAAGUCUCAAUGUAAGGUAUUCGGCAAUAUCGCAGCUAUCCUCCGUGGGAAUGGAGAAUCCAAGAAGAACCUUUGACAAGAUUCGUGAAGUAUUACAGGAAGAGAAAGAGGCCACUCUGAUUGGUGCUGCAGCAGAUGUUUUAUUUAGCUUGCAAGUUCCAGAAGUCUUUGAUGAGCUUGUGGCCUUGUAUGAGAAAACUUCCGAUUGGAUAGUGAGAUUAAGUAUCGUUGCUGGUAUUGGAGAGUUGAAACAUCCUCGCUCAUUUGAAUUUUUAGCUGAAGCACUUUGUUCUCAAGAUGAUCUGGUUAUAUCGACUGCAAUAGGAGCGUUGGGAGAGUUGGGAGAUAAGAGGGCUCUUGAAUUGCUUGAGCCUUUGUUGAACUCAAGUGAUCCUACUAUUAGGGAUCGUGCUUUCAAUAAUAUUCAGCGUUUAAAGGAAACUUAAAGGCCGUUUAAACAUUUGAUUGUUUCUUGACGUUAAAAGUUAACGUUCUCUCCACAAAUAUUUUCGGUAUAAAUGACUUUUUAAGUUUAUUGAUAUGAAUUUUAGUUCAUAAAUAAGAAAACUGUUCA